GAUGAUGAAAGUAAUUAUGACAAAUCAAUCAUUAUUUAAUGUUUAAUUAAUUUAUUAAUGAUUUUUUUGGGGGUUUAGGGGUUGUAUAGAAAUUGGCAGUGAAAAUCUUUAUUAAGAUGGUUAUAAAAACUGCUGAAGCGUACAUGUUUUUUAAAAGAAAAAGGAAAGAUGGCAAAAUAUUUCGUCCGCACGAAAAAAUUCGAUUUCUUCCUAAUUCAGUUACGAAUUGGGUUUCAAAACCGGAUUUAUUGAUGUACAAUAGAAUGCGAUAUAACUGUUUUUACAUCGACGCCGUUGUUGAUAAUAAACCACCACUUAUGAACCCAAAUAAAUACAUAAAAGUAAGUAGACUUAGAGGGGAUGUUGACCGGUUGCAACAAAUCGAUGAGCAAAAUAAAGCGUUGAUUAAAAGAAUUAAUUGGGUAAAUCGAAAUGGUGGUAAAGUUGAUUCGUAUAAUCCGUUGGCUUAUGCGUCAUGUUCAAAAUGGGACGCUUAUCUAACUAAGAUGAGUUAUAUGACAAAACAAAAUCUCUUCAUUUACAAAAGAUUACAAAAUGUUGAGUCAAAGUACCCAAAAUCUGUGUUAGAUGAAGAAUGGAAAUAUAAUCUCAACAAAUUAAAACACAUGGCUAAGUAUACAUUACAAAUGUUUCUAACGAAAAGUGUGGAUCAAACGGUUAACGAAAUGCCCUCUAUAAGCAACUUAGAACAGGUCGAUCUAGAUUCGAAAAGGAAACGACCCCGUUGUUAUUUCGACUUUAAAAUUAAAGACGGAAUAUCAAUGGGAAGGAUAAUUAUUGAACUUUACAACGAUGUUUGUCCAAAAACUUGCGAAAACUUUUUAAGUAUUUGUAAAGGAAACAAAGGUCUUCAUUACAAAUCUUGUAAAGUUUACAACGUUGUGAAAGGUCAAUAUUUAGAAAUGGGAGAUAUUACUUUAAAUAACGGCAGAGGGGGUUGUAGCAUUUACGGAGACCGUUUUCUUGAAGAGGAGCACCGUUUAAAACACUCGAAACCGGGUGUUGUUUCGAUGGUUCCCAUUGACACAAUGUACAACAAUUCCAAGUUUUCUAUAACCUUCGAAGCCCAAGAACGAUUAGAUUCGAAGAGAGUCGCUUUUGGACGAGUCAUUAAAGGAAUGAAAACGAUUUAUCAUAUUCAGGAUCUCGGAAAAAAGGUUGGGUCACCGAUCGUACCAAUUUUUAUCGAAAAAUGUGGCCAAAUCAAAAAGAGGAAUAUUAAGUAAUUUUUUUUGUAUUAAAAAAUAAUGGAAAUAAAAUAAUUAUUGACAUUGUA